AUGAGCGUUGAUGCCUCUGCAUUACCCGCGACGAACAGCACAUUGGCACCUAGUCAGCCAAGUCAAAGGCUCCCGAGACACCGACGACGAUCAAACUCCAGCGACGGUUCUUGGGGAACUAAUAACGGAAGCAAGUUGCGCGCCUACUCACCAUCUGGACUCACGCACACCGAGAGUCAUUCCACCUUCUUUACAUCCCAUUACCACAACUCGCCCUCGACGAACAAGCUCCCAACUCCAGGAAACGGCUCGCGAGCGCCGACGGGUGCCUCCCGUACGCUCAAGACCGGUCUCGUCACCGACCAGAACCAAACCUGGGAUGCAUUCUCCGGUCCCGGACGGAGAGGAUCAACUGAACAGCGUCGACAGCAAGUGUCUCGCGUAGCAAUGCCACCCGAUCGCAAUGGGGAGACCUAUGAGACGAAGGGCCACUCCCGCAAUUGGUCGCAGGCCGCAAAGGGGAGUGCCGAUACCACUGCGUCCUCGCGGGGCAAGGAAAGGGGAAACCGGCCGCCAUCGCAAAAAGCCAUGCUUUCACGAGCCUUACAAAAGGCGAAUACGGCAGUUCAGCUAGAUAAUGCGCAGAACUUUGAAGGCGCGAGGCAUUCAUACGCGGAGGCAUGCGAGCUGCUGCACCAGGUGCUUGCUAGGACAUCCACCGAGGAGGACAGACGAAAGCUUGAGGCGAUCCGUCGAACCUACACCAGUCGCAUUGAAGAACUGGAUCAAAUGGUUCCCGUCCAGCAAGUUAUAGAAGGCAAGGCACUGCCAGCUAGACCAGAAAGCCUGGGCCUGCGCUUGAAUCCUACCCUGCAAUUCGACGAUGACGAUGAAGAUUUGGAGGAUACGGAUGGCUUGGAAACUGCGACAUUGACGAGGAUAUUGAAAGAGGGAAAUCAACAAGCAAAUAUCUACAGUGGCUCUGGUCUGACCAUCUCACGAACGCAGGGUCUUGGAGACCGACAAAGGAGUGCUUCUGCAAGAUUACCGGAGCAGUACCCCUUGCAAUCCUCCUUCUCACGAUCUCCGCUUCGAGAGCGUGCGUCAGAUGAUCAACUCAUCUUUCAAAUACCCACAGACGACGCGUACAUGCCGCCGCCGCUCUCCCCGAGACGGCUCUCGUCACCUAAGGCUGACAGCCAAAGUAGCCCUGAUGGACCCAUCAGAUCAGACUUCUCCCUCUCAGCAAGACGAACUAGCCAAAGUUCUCGACACGUCAGGGACUCGAGUCGUGAGUCGAACUCGUGGUUGGACCCCAUUGAUGAGUCUGGAGGUUCCACAGCGUCCUCCGUUCAUUCCAGGUCGUCAUCUGCAGUGAUAAGACGCAAGCACAUACGUGCCCCGAGUGGCGCUACUGAAGCAGAGUUUGACGCAGCGUUAGACGCCGCAGUGGAAGCAGCCUAUGACGAUGGGUAUGAGCCGACAGGAUUUUCUGAUCCAGAAACUCAAGGCUCAGAUGAUCCGAUUGUAGCGAAGGCCUUGAGAAAGGUUGAGUUGGCCAAAGAGCGGGUUCGCCAAACGGAGAGAGAGGCUAUUGAACAAGCCAACGAGAGAGAGCGGCUUGCGCGAAUUCAAGUGGAACAGCAGUCUGACGAAGGUGUCGUCCGCGAAGACUUCUUCGAUGACGGAUCAUCAGAUGAAGAGGAGCGCAUUCUUGACGAGAUCACUCGAGACUACUCGGUUGACGAUUUCGCCUUUAACCUAGCCUCUCAUCAGGCUGCAGCUAGAACAUCGGGCUCAAGUGAUCUGGCCCAGUCGUCAUGGCAGCCGUCCGUCACUCCAACCGAUGCCGCAGGUGAUGAUGUUUUCUCUUCUCUUGUCGAUCCUAUCGCCGCAAACAACUUCCCGAGUGUCGGAGGCCCUGCAGUUCCGCCGCCAGCACAAGCUUUGCCCGAAUUGCCCAGUAAAAAGCCUGUAUCGGGGGCGACGCCAUUGCCAGGGCCUGGGCAAAGUGUGCGAAGCAGGCGGAUGUCCGGACAAAAUCCCAAGCAACUAAAGAUUGAAACUACCAAGCUUGCAACGUAUGGCGACCCUGGUCGACGAUACAGUGUUGCCCAAGCGCUGAGUGGAAUACAUGGGGUAGAUUUCGGACACCCUGAAAUUAACGGGCCUCCCGAUGCGGAGGCGGAUGCGGAUGGCUCUAUGGCUCGACCAUAUUCGCCGCCAGAAGGCAUCAGUCCAACCCAGCCAGUGCCUCCUACACCUCCGCUUGGCCACUCAAGAAGCCAGGACAGUGAGGACUUUACGGGCAGUCACUCUGGUUCGCCUUCUUUUCGACCUACAUUAAGGAAGAACUUCUCUUCCUCAAGUUUAAGAAGCAUGAAGAACCGCAACAUGUCUUUAUCGAAUCUGGACGAUGCGUCUGAUAUGUCUCCCGGCACCCCAUUAAGUACCGCUUUUGGCAUUAAUGGCAGACAUCCAGCGAUGCCAACGCUGCCAACACCCUUGGCAGCUGCUUUCAAAGAGAAGUUCACGCCAAGCUCUGCCGGGGGCCUUUACCUGUUUGAUGAUAGCCUUCAUUCACCGCAGAGCCCGGGGUCGCCAAACGCACUUCAGCCAGAUGCCCCAAUUCCCCUAGAGCCGUGCCCAACAGACUAUAUGUUGAGGCCAUUUUGGCUAAUGCGAUGUCUAUAUCAGACUCUUGCUCACCCCCGCGGAGGAUACCUCAGCAACAAGCUAUUUGUUCCACGCGACGUAUGGAAAGUGAAGGGCGUCAAGAUUCGAAAUGUGGAGGAUAAAGUGGCAACGUGCGACUACCUGACAGCUGCGCUAUUGAAGCUCGCGCGAGUCGACACAUGUGACGCGGAUGCUGUUCUCGAAGAGAUGCAAGCUUUGGAAGGCAUUCUCGAACAAGUACAAGUCGGGCUGACACGCAAGCUGGGUACGGAUGUGGGUGUUCAGACCUCCAGCAUGUUAUUCCGAGAUGCGUCGAAUUCGGCAGAGCUUGAAGCGGCAAUCAGUGUGCCGCGUUCAGCAAGCGUGUCGGGAAAGUCCUCAUCCUUCUCAUGGCGAAGGCUGCGGUCCAAGAAUUCGGCAGCGGGCUUGAACAAUUCCUUUAAUGCCAAAAGCAAUGGGGGAGAGAGCGGUAAGGAAUCUCCAGGCCUAGAAACACUGCCGAUGACGGAACACCCAACAAGUCGUCCUUCCAGAAGAGACCCGAGCAACGCGCAAUUUUCAGGGCCGAAUGCGAACUAUAUGGGGUCACUGGCUCGACUGUUUGACGCUGCUCAGACGAUUGACCAAAUCGCGCGCCAGGUUGAAGAUCCAGGCCUGAGGCAUGCCGACAAGACACAGGUCGGCCUCGAGCUUUGCACACGACAUGCGGCAGAGUUUUUUGGCUUCUUCAUCUGCCGGUUUGUGUUGUCUGACCUGAGUCUGCUCUUGGACAAAUUUAUCAAGAGGGGAAGCGAGUGGGUUCUCGCCUAA